AUGAGUAUCAAGGCAAAUAUGGUUACAACUAGUAAACUUACAGGGAGAGAGCUUUUCCAUAAAAUAGGACAACCAAAAAAAAUUUUAGCUCCAAUGGUGGAUCAUUCAGAAUUAGCAUGGCGUAUUUUAUCUCGUAAAUAUGGUGCUACAUUGACAUACACACCUAUGUUGCAUGCACGCUUGUUUGCUACAAGUGAAAAAUAUAGGAAAGAUAUGUGGGGAUCUCUGGAUGGUGACAGUAAAGUGGACAGACCGUUGGUGGUUCAGAUCUGUGGAAACGAUCCAGAAUAUGUGUUAAAAACUGCACUUUUGAUUCAAGAUAAAUGUGAUGCUAUAGAUUUGAACUUAGGUUGUCCUCAAGGUAUAGCCAAAAAAGGGCAUUAUGGUGCGUUUUUGAUGGAUGAAUGGGAUUUGAUUCAUAAAAUUAUUAAAACUUUACAUGAAAAUUUGAGUAUACCGGUAACUGCUAAAAUUAGAAUAUUUCCAGAACCUGAAAAAACUUUAGAUUAUGCUAGGAUGGUACUUAAUGCAGGGGCUCAAAUUUUAACUGUUCAUGGUAGGUUAAGAGAACAAAAGGGUCAAAAAACAGGUCUUGCAGAUUGGUCAAUUAUAAGAUAUUUAAGGGACAAUUUACCGAAAGAUACUGUUAUAUUUGCUAACGGUAAUAUCCUAUAUCCUGAAGAUAUAUCACGUUGUUUAAAAGCAACACUAUCUGAUGGUGUAAUGAGUGCUGAAGGGAAUUUGUAUAACCCUGCUAUCUUUAAUGUAGACAAUUGUGAAGAUAAAGAAAAGGCUUUUCCAAGAGUUGAUAAGAUCUUAAGAGAAUACUUUGAAAUAGUGAAAAAAGUUGCUAGUGAGUCACCAGCUUCUAGAAGAGCGUUUAAAUCACACGUAUUUAAAAUAUUAAGACCAUUUUUGGCACAUCAUACUGAUAUUAGAAGUGUAGUUGCUUCAAUGGAUGGAAAAUCUACAUUAGAUGACUGGGAAACUAAGGUUAUUAAACCUGUAGAAAAUAUAGUGUCCGAGUUAUGUACUAAAGAGAAAGAUAAAGAUAUAAUAGAGACCGGACCUUUACAAUCUUGGGGUGGUUCAUAUAAGACAGUGUCAUAUUGGAGGUGUCAACCAUAUUUCCGUGCUGUUAACGGUGUUACGGGCGAUAAAAGACAACAACAACAGGAACAUGAGAAAGAAGAUAGGAAUGAAAGUGCAUCAGUUAAAAAAAGAAAAGUAAUGGAACUCUCUUCGUGA